CUUAAUAUACAUUCUGAAAAUAAAUAUAUGAAACAUUUGUUUAUUAAUCUAGGAGUUAAUGUCCGUGGUGCAAAGUAGCAAAUAAUUCAGUGUUUGCAAAGAAACGUUAGGAACCAAAUAUUGAGCCUUUGUUCUCUCGGGGGAUCAUUAUAGACGUGAUACACAUAGGACAGCAUGGCUGAUGAACCUCCAGUAAAGAAAAUUAAAGCAAAUCAACCACCAAAUAAAGAGGGUGAGGAGAGAUUAAACUGGAGGAAAUGGAAAGGACAAAAGAAAGAGGAGAAGAGACAACGCAAAGAGAGCAAACUCAUCAAGCAGCUGGAGAAACAGAAGCAGGAGAAAGAGGAGGAGAAUAAGCAGCAGGUUCAGCAUGAAGAGAAGGAAAGUAAAGGUCGUGUGUAUACGUUGAGCGUGGCUUUGCCUGGCUCAGUGAUGGAUAAUGCUCAGUCACCGGAGCUGCGGACGUACCUGGCGGGUCAGAUCGCCCGGGCCUGUGGCGUGUUCUGUGUGGAUGAGGUGGUCAUAUUUGAUGAGAUGGGCGGGGAGGAUGCAAAGAGCGUUGAGGGAGAGUUCAAAGGCAUUGGAAAGAAAGGCCAGGCCUGCGUCCAGCUCGCACGCAUCCUGCAAUACCUCGAGUGUCCACAAUAUCUGCGGAAAUCUUUCUUCCCGAAGCAUCCAGACCUGCAGUUUGCUGGUCUGUUGAAUCCUUUGGACAGCCCGCAUCACAUGCGCAUGGACGAGGAGGCGGAGUUUCGAGAGGGGGUGGUGCUCGAUCGGCCAAGCAAACCGGGGAAAGGGUCCUUCGUCAACUGCGGGAUGAGGAAGGAAGUUCAGAUCGAUAAACAGCUUAAGAUGGGCCUGAGAGUGACUGUACAGCUCAACAAGAGCCAAAACAAAGAUGGGAGAGUGUAUAAAGGUGUAGUUGUGGCUCCUCAUGUGCCGAGGACUGAAGGUGGGCUGUACUGGGGAUACAGCGUCCGAUUGGCUUCCUGUCUCAGCGCUGUGUUCACCGAGUGUCCGUAUAAAGAUGGAUAUGAUCUGACCAUUGGCACAUCAGAGAAAGGAAACAACGCAGAUCACGUAUCUCUAUCUCCAUUCAAGCACAUGCUGGUGGUGUUCGGUGGUCUUCAGGGGUUGGAGGCCAGCGUUGAUGCCGAUGAGAAUCUGAGCGUCACUGAACCCAGCGUGCUCUUUGACCUUUACCUCAACACCUGUCCUGGCCAGGGCAGUCGCACCAUCCGCACCGAGGAGGCCCUAUUGAUCAGUUUAUCAGGACUCAGGGAGAAAAUCGCAGCUGUAUUACCUGACCUGUCCAAAAGAUGACCACAGGAAGUACUUUUGAAGGACUAUGGGAAGUAGAACAAGUUGAGCAGACCAAGUGUGCACUCAAAUCUAAAAUCUUGGAUCUCUUAUGAAUUUAAAGUGUAUACAGCUUUUGCAUUCUUUAUCAAUGUACAUUCUGUGAAUCUUUUUGUAUCGACUCUAUUAGUUUGUAUCAGUGAAUUGUCAUGAAUAUUGUUCAGAAACAAAUCAUGAGACUCAAGAAUCUGCUUCAAAGGUAUACGUUUAUUUUUUUAAGACAGGCAUGUAAAGAACAUUCAUAAUGAGUGAAGAGCAAAACAAUCAGCCCAUACUGUCAUAAUACUGCAACCAUGAGUAAUAAUCAUCAUUAUCAUAAUAAUAGUACAUAGUGAUUUCAGUCUGAAACCCUGUGCAAAUCAAUUAAUCUCAAUAGAUUACCCACAAUCCCCCUGCUCUUGUCAUUGUGCAGAAGGUUGAUUUUCAAGAACGUAAUCGUUGAAUAGCAAAUAAAUACUCUGAAGGUUUCAACGUUACAGGUGAUAAUCGAGAUCUUUCAGGCAGGACGUGUAAAUGAAACGUUACGUUUGGGAUGUUUACGUCAUUCAAAGCUUUGAGUUCUUCUCAUGCUUGUUGAAUUUUUUUUACACUUGAUUAUUUAUUUUAGGUGUCAUUGGAGAUGCAAGAUCAACUUAAUGCGGUUUUGUUAUUUAUCAGCAGAUCAGCUGUUAUUUAUGGGUCUCGUACAAAUCGAAGGCAAGACAUUCAAAGCAGCACAUUAGUUACCCGAACUACCACUUCCUGUUACCAACUUGAGUUCUCCAAUGAAAGCGCAGUGCCAGAAAAGGCAUCCUCCAAUGAGGGCUGAGCAUUUACAACAGUCAUGAACAUAUUUAGAAAUAAAGCGAUUCAGUCAUAAUGUCAUAUUUAAAUGUGUGUGUGUGUGUACACUAACAGCUGUAGCCGGAAACACUCAAAUUGUACAACUGAUCAAUAACUUCAGAACUACUUCUGGGUCAAAAUAAAUCGAAAGGCCUUUACACACACUACUGACACACUUUCAACGCAACAGUAUUGUGUGUGAUUGUUGGUGUUGAUGAAUAUAAUAUAAUAAUCUUUUUGGUUGAACUUCACAAAGAUAUGUCCAGGUCAUAUUUCACCCACAAUCAAAAUCAUUGUUAAAAAUAUAUUUUACAUGAAGCCAAUUUUAGGUCCAGUAAGAUGUUAGUAGAUGUAUAUUUAGCUCAGUAUUUAAAAAACACACAAAUAUGACAUCAUGUACACAUACUGUUAAAUUAAAAUCAAUUUCCAUGUUUUGUAAUGAGAACUGGGUCAAUGAUCAUAAAAUGCAAAACAUAUGAAUGCUACUAGAUACUGUAGGCCUGUAAAACAAAGA